UCUUUUCUAAGCUUGUCUCUUAAACCCCACUAGACUUUGGCACAGUGUGGGAUGACUAUGGAGACCCAAAUGUCUCAGAAUGUAUGUCCUGGCAACCUGUGGCUGCUUCAACUACUGACAGUUUUGCUGCUGCUGGCUUCUGCUGACAGUCAAGCUGCAGCUCCCCCAAAGGCUGUUCUGAAGCUCGAGCCCCCCUGGAUCAACGUGCUCCAGGAGGACUCGGUGACUCUGACGUGCCAGGGGGCUCAUAGCCCUGAGAGCGACUCCACUCAGUGGUUCCACAAUGGGAAUCUCAUCCCCACCCAAAUGCAGCCCAGCUACACCUUCAAGACCAACAACAACGACAGCGGGGUAUACAGGUGCCAGACCAGCCGGUCCAGCCUCAGUGACCCCGUGAAUCUGACUGUGCUUUCCGAGUGGUUGGCGAUCCAGACCCCUAGGUUGGAGUUCCAAGAGGGAGAAACCAUCAUGCUGAGGUGCCACAGCUGGAAAGACAAGCCUCUGGUCAAAGUUACAUUCUUCCAGAAUGGAAAAUCCAAGAAAUUUUCCCGUUUGAACACAAGCUUCGCCAUCCCACAAGCAAACCAUAGUCACAGUGGUGAUUACCACUGUGCAGGAAGCAUAGGCCACACGCUGCACUCUUCCAAGCCUGUGACCAUCACUGUCCAAGUGCCCAGAGUGAGCAGCUCUUCGUGGAUGGGGAUCACUGUGGCCGUGAUGGCUGGGAUUGCUGUAGCGGCCAUUGUUGCUACUGUAGUGGCCUUGAUCUACUGCAGGAAAAAGCGGAUUUCGGCCAGUUCCACUGAUCCUGUGAAGGCUGCCCAAUCUGAUCCACUUGGACGUCAAACGACUGCCAUCAGAGCGAGACAACAUGAAGAAACUAACAAUGACUAUGAAACGGUUGAUGGCGGCUACAUGACUCUGAACCCCAGGUCACCUGCUGAAGACGAUAAGAACCUCUACCUGACUCUUCCUUCCAACAACUAAGUCAACGGUAAUAACUGAGAGUAACGUUGUGCCAUGUGGUCACACUCUCAGCUUGCUGAGUGGAUAACAAAAAGAGGGGAAUUGUUAAAGCAAAAUUGGAAUGGAGACUGGAAAAAUUCCUGAGCAAACAAAACUAUGUGGGCCUUAGAAAUAGCGUUAACUUUGCUUAAACUACAAACAAAAGCAAAAUUCACUCGGGUCAUACUACAAGCAUAGUCAAAACCUAACUGCUUAUGUUAGAAAUAAGACAACCCCAGCCAAUUAUAAGCAGCCCACUAAGAUAUAAUUAUGAGGCUAAGGACUUUCUAACAAGACACCCACCCCCCCAAAACAAUUAUGUAAUUGAAAAUCGAUUAAAUGUCUUUAUUGUGCUUCCACAUUUUCCCAGUAAAUACUUGCCUGUGACAUUUUGCCACUGGAACACUAAACUUCUUUUGGUUUGGGGUUGCCCAGUUCAUGAAUUGCUUCUUACUCAAAUUAUUUUUUAAAAGUAUAUUGUUCCUCAAAUUUUUACUUUAACAUUUUUUUUUUGAAACAGAGUCUUAAUCUGUCGCCCAGGCUGGAGUUUGGUGGUGCUAUCUUGGCUCACUGCAAACCCUGCCUCCCAAGUAGCUGGGAUUAUAGGCAUGUGCCAUCACACCCAGCUAACUUUUGUAUUUAUUUUUUAAGUAAAGGUAGGGUUUCGCCAUGUUGGCAAGGACGGUCUCAAACUUCUGGCCUCAAGUAAUCUGCCCACCUUGGCUUCUCAAAGUGCUGGGAUGACCAGCAUCAGCCACCAUGCCUGGCCUCUUAAACUUCUUUCCUAUGCCCUCUCUGUGGAUCCCUACAGCUGGUUUCUGCCUUUUCCAAGCUGAGAACAAAAUCACCUAUUCACUGUGUAUACAGUCCGAAGCUCCAGAAGAACAAACAGCUCAAUUACCAGAACCACAUUUAAGUCUACAUUGUCUUGCCUUGGGAUUUGAGAGAGAAUUAGAAGAGAAUUAGAGAGGUGAGGAUUUGUUAUUUCCUGGACUAACUUCCCCUUGGGGAAGACGAGGGGAUGCUGCAGUUCCAAAAGGAACUCUUCCAGAGUCAUCUGAGUCCCUGAAGCACCGUGUCCUGAAAGCCACAGACAGUAUGGUCCCAGAUGACUGACUGCACCUUCCACGCCUCAGCCCUCUUGAUAUCAAGAAUCUUCUGUUCCACAUCCACAUAGCCAAUACAAUUAAUCAAACCGCUGUUGUUAACAGUGGUUUGUACAGAUCGUAGCAACAUGAGAAAUGCUUAUGUUACAGGUUACAUGAGAACAAUCACAUAAGUCUAUAUGAUUUCAGAAAUGUUAAAAUAGACUAACCUCUAAUAACAAAUUGAAAGUGAUUGUUUCAAGGUGAUGGAAUUAUUAAUGACCUAUUUUCUUUCUUUCUUUUUAAAUAAUGAUCAUAUAUUAUUUUUAUAAUAAAACAUUAUAACCACAA